UUAAUGCCUGUAAUACUAUUUAAUUCCGAUCGGCCAAACAUUAUCAACAAAGAGAUUAUAGAACAACAACAACAGCUAUACAUAGAAUUAAAGUCUGAAUUCUGUUCACCGCUUCUUAAAGAGUCGUGUAAAGCCUUCUUUCGGAGAAACGCCUUCAAGUAUGAGAUAUAUAAAUGUAGAUUUAAUGGCAAUUGUAUUAUCGGUAAAACAAACCGCAGACUAUGCAAGAAGUGUCGGCUCAAAAAGUGUUUCGCUGUGGGCAUGAAAAAAGAAUGGAUUCUUAAUGAAGAAGAGAGGGAAUCGCGAAGACAUACAAUUGAGACAAACAGAAAGUUGAGGACAAAUGGUUUGAAAGACACAAAUAAUAAUAAUAAUGAAUUAAAUACAAACACUUCAUCUGAUGUGUCAAACAUCGGGACAAUUGAUACUUCAGUUGACAAUUCAAUGGAUAACAUCACAAUAGAUGAUGAGAUUAGUGAAUGUAUUACACAAAUGGCAAACAUUGAUCCAAACGAGAUGACAGAUGAAAUAGAUUUAUACGAAAUGUCUAUGAAAUCUACAGACAAUGCUGUAAUAAUUAUCACAGAUUUAGACCAAAUUAAAAAUCUUUGUAUCAGUGAUGACACUAACUCUAACUCAAUGGCAAUCGACAUAUACAGCGCUAAUAAUACAAUGAAGAGAUUAAUUGACUUAAAUUGUUUUAAUAAUUAUGAGCGAAAUCGUCUAGAUGAAUUAUUUAGUCUAUCAUUAUUUGACAAAUCGUAC